GGCCAGCCUUUAUUAACAUAUGUUUCAGGGCUCUCUGUAUUUCGUGGCUUUCCACUUCACCUGAAUGCCCUGUUUCUUAGCAGUUUCCUUAGUGACCAGAAGUCCCAGUUGUUAUUUUCAAUCUCAAACAGCUGAACAGCACUCCUUUCCAAACUAGCUCUCCUAAAUUCCCGUUGUUAGAGCCGGUGUCUAUAUUUAGCCGGUGGGAUUAAAUUGCAAAGGCUUCAGGCUGCGCAGGGCAUACUGAUCUGCCUUUUUACAGCUAGACCUGUGUGCAACCAGGAGCGAAGACCCUCAGUGUCCCCCUCCUUACCCAGGUUCCUCACAGAAUGGAUUCCCAGCGGGAGCUUGCAGAGGAACUCCGGCUUUACCAAUCCACCCUUCUUCAGGAUGGUCUAAAAGAUCUCCUGGAAGAGAAAAAGUUCAUCGAUUGCACCCUAAAAGCAGGUGACAAAAGUUUUCCUUGCCACAGACUGAUACUAUCGGCUUGUAGCCCUUACUUCCGUGAGUAUUUUUUAUCUGAAAUUGAGGAGGAGAAAAAAAAGGAGGUAGCGCUAGACAACGUGGAUCCUGCUAUACUUGAUUUGAUCAUCAAAUAUCUGUACUCUGCCAGUAUCGAUCUCAAUGAUGGGAAUGUGCAAGACAUCUUCGCCCUGUCCAGCCGCUUCCAGAUCCCGUCCGUGUUCACGGUCUGUGUGUCUUACCUUCAGAAAAGACUGGCUCCCGGGAACUGUCUGGCCAUCCUAAGACUAGGGCUGCUUCUCGACUGCCCGAGACUUGCCAUUUCUGCCCGGGAGUUUGUGUCUGAUCGCUUUGUGCAGAUUUGUAAGGAAGAAGAUUUCAUGCAACUGUCCCCACAAGAACUGAUCUCCGUCAUUUCAAACGACAGCCUCAACGUAGAAAAGGAGGAAGUAGUAUUUGAGGCCGUGAUGAAAUGGGUGCGGACAGACAAAGAAAACAGGGCAAAAAAUCUGAGUGAGGUGUUUGACUGUAUUCGUUUUCGCCUUAUGGCAGAGAAAUAUUUCAAAGAUCAUGUUGAGAAAGAUGACAUAAUUAAAAGCAACCCAGAAGUCCAGAAAAAAAUCAAAGUUCUAAAAGACGCUUUUGCAGGCAAACUUCCGGAACCCAGCAAAAAUGCAGAGAAGGCGGGGGUGGGCGAGGUGAACGGCGAUGUUGGUGAUGAAGACUUACUUCCUGGUUACCUGAAUGAUAUCCCCAGGCAUGGAAUGUUUGUUAAAGAUCUCAUCCUCUUGGUCAAUGACACAGCUGCAGUAGCGUAUGACCCCAUGGAAAAUGAGUGCUACCUUACUGCCCUAGCAGAGCAGAUCCCCAGAAACCAUUCCAGUCUUGUUACCCAACAGAAUCAGGUCUACGUGGUCGGGGGACUGUAUGUGGACGAAGAAAAUAAGGAUCAACCCCUGCAAUCGUACUUUUUCCAGCUUGAUAACGUAACAUCUGAGUGGGUCGGACUUCCGCCUCUCCCAUCAGCCAGGUGUCUCUUUGGUCUGGGAGAAGUAGAUGACAAAAUCUAUGUGGUGGCCGGCAAAGACCUUCAAACAGAGGCUUCACUGGAUUCUGCGCUAUGCUACGAUCCUGUGUCUGCAAAGUGGAGUGAAGUGAAAAAUCUUCCUAUUAAAGUUUAUGGCCAUAAUGUGAUUUCACACAAUGGGAUGAUAUACUGUCUAGGCGGAAAGACAGAUGACAAAAAGUGUACAAAUAGGGUAUUUAUCUACAACCCCAAGAAAGGAGACUGGAAAGAUCUGGCUCCGAUGAAAACCCCUCGUUCCAUGUUUGGCGUGGCAAUCCAUAAAGGCAAGAUUGUGAUCGCAGGAGGUGUCACUGAAGAUGGUCUUUCAGCUUCAGUUGAAGCCUUUGACCUCAAAACCAAUAAGUGGGAAGUGAUGACGGAAUUUCCCCAAGAAAGAAGUUCUAUCAGCCUGGUGAGCCUGGCGGGAUCCCUGUACGCCAUCGGCGGCUUUGCGAUGAUCCAGCUGGAAUCUAAAGAGUUUGCACCCACUGAAGUCAAUGACAUAUGGAAGUAUGAAGAUGAUAAAAAAGAAUGGGCUGGGAUGCUGAAGGAAAUUCGUUACGCUUCGGGAGCUAGUUGCCUAGCAACGCGCUUAAAUCUGUUUAAACUGUCUAAACUAUAAAGGAGGUGACAAAGACACGGUUUGAGAGGUGCCUUGUUGGGACAAGAGGCUUUAAUUUAUUGUCAUUCUUUAAGCCUAUACAAUGAUUCACAUAGGGUUACAGGGAUUCAUGCAGUUUCUAUGGGGUAAAACAGUGUCACCGAAUCCCAGAGUUUUUCAGUGUGCCAAGUAUAAAACCAUUUGCUAAGUUUAGUAUUCAGUUGAACAAUAUAUUUUGUUAAACCUUUCUCAAAGAAGUGAGCUGUCUACAUCUGAGCUGUUUACUAAUCCUUUGUAUUAAGGUACAUCUGCUUGUUUUCUAUUAUAAAUGAAAUGCAUCUGUCUACGUUCUUAAGAAAUGUUUGAAUAACGGAAACCUCUCCCCACUUUGAGCUACAGCAGGAAUCUUGUGCAUUAUAAUGAAGAUGACUGGAAAUGCUGUUUAGGAAAUAUAAUAAAUGAGUCUCCAGUCCUUCCUCCCAU